UUUUUCCUUCUACCUCUCAUUGUGCCACUUGAGCCUGGAGUAGAUAGAAAGACUGUAGUGAAGGGAAAGUUAGCAAGCAACAGAGAGAGAGAGAAAGAGAGAGAGAGAGAGAGGCAGAGAGAGAUUGACUGGGAGAAGCCAUGCAGAGAGUGAGGUAGCCCAGCGGCGAUGCUUGAUGAACUGAACCGCUGACCACCAGAAACUCUUUCUUUCACUUUGACUGAACCUCACAGGGAUCAAGAAAUCAGACAGGAGUUUCCUGAUCUGAAGACAUCAACUCAUUGUCCCAGCUGACGGGCAGAAAAACAGCCAAGGACGUGGAGAGAAAAAGAAAGCGUUAGAGACAAGGAGACAGAGGAGAGUUCUACAAAUGCGAGUUGAAACAGAGGAGCAGAAGGAGAUGCUCAGAGGGACCAGAUAGUGAAAAGAAAAGUAAGACAAGUAGCAAGUGCACCCACAAAGACUGCUCAGAGAAAGGGCGACGCUUUAGGAGUCGCCGAGUUAAAAGCUGUUGCGAGUCAAGCAGGGAGAGAAAGAACAAGACAAGACAGAAAACAGAGAGAGUUAGAGAAGGAUGGCCAACUCAGGUCUGCAGCUGUUGGGUUACUUUCUGGCACUGGGCGGCUGGAUUGGCAUUAUCUCCACGACUGCCUUGCCCCAGUGGAAACAGUCAUCGUAUGCGGGCGAUGCCAUCAUCACAGCCGUGGGUCUGUAUGAGGGACUGUGGAUGAGCUGUGCCUCACAGAGCACGGGACAGGUGCAGUGCAAGAUCUUUGACUCCAUGCUCUCGCUGGACAUCCACAUUCAGACAUGCCGGGCCCUCAUGGUGGUGUCAGUACUGCUGGGCUUUAUUGGGAUCAUCGUCAGCGUGGUGGGCAUGAAGUGCACUAAGGUGGGAGAUAACAACCCGGCCACCAAGACCCGCAUUGCUAUGACAGGAGGAGCGCUCUUCCUGCUUGCAGGUUUAUGCACACUGGUCUCUGUGUCCUGGUAUGCCACUCAAGUGUCCUAUCAGUUUUUUAACCCAAAUACACCACCCAAUGCCAGGUAUGAGUUUGGCUCGGCCUUGUUCGUUGGAUGGGCAGCAGCCAGUCUGACGGUUCUGGGCGGCUCUUUGCUGUGCUGCUCCUGCUCCAAAGAAGACAUGCGAGGACAGCAAUAUUACCGCCAAUCACAGCCUUCUACAGCCAGGGAGGCAGAGUUGUUGAGUGAAACUAGUUUCCCUGACUGAUCAGCCCCCGCCUUUUUAUCGAGGACUUUCCGACUGUCCCACCACUGUCUCCCCACCCCCAUUCUUUUCCUGUUACCUUUUUACCUCCCAAUUUGGACCUGUUGUAGUAUUUGAUUCCUUUUCUCAGUAAUACAUCUGCACCUUAUCAGUUUUAAUGGGAACCACGGUGUACUGUCUUCUCCGACCCCCCCUCCCCCGUGUCUGAGCCUUCUCUGUAAAUAUGGAUUCUUAAAGGAUAUGUGGUCAGACCUUCUCUUUAAGAAAUGAGAUAUCAACUCUGUGCUACACUUUCCACCCCCCCUUCUGUCCAGUUAUUGACUGAGAGUUAACAAUAAGCUGAAACAUAUUUUUGCGCUGAUUUAUGGUUUCACGUAUAGCCUAUGACCUCUAGGUGUUUUUGUAAAUGUGAUUUUUUUUUUUUUUUUGUUCACUGUGACUGUACUUUGACUGAAAC